UGUUAAGGUAGCCGCCAUGAAAAGAGCUAUUCGAAUAUUCAAACUGUUGUUAAGGAAAGGAGCUUCAAUGCUUCCUUUAAUAUCUCAUUUAGCGUAGGAUACACCGGACCACCCUUUACGAAAAGAAAGGAGAUGCGCGUUUUGUAGUCCAUCUUCUGAAUUUUGUAGUUUCACCACGAUAAUAUUCGCCGUCGCAUCAUGACGUGGUUUGGAAAGGACUUCGGAGCUAAUAAUUUUGACGGUACCCAUGGUGUGGCCUGUUCUAACUGAAACAACACCAUAAACAACACCAUAGCUACCAGGAUGCCCAUGCUGCAUGGGUGUAACUGACCUGUUGAAAAUGACAAAGCCAAAAACAAAGCCGUGCCUUUCCUGCCAGGCUAAGAACACAUCUAGCCUGAAGACCUGCAGUGGAUGUCUGGGCAGUCUAGAGUCCAAGCAGAAGUUAAAAAACAAACAAGCAGAGCUAAAAAACAGCAACUGGGCCGCAUCAGUAAAAAAGAACCGCAAUUCCAGCAGGAUUCUUAAUUCUGCCCAGCUGUCGGUCUCAAAACUGCAUGUCCUGAACUACAAGCCCAUUUUAUUUCUGUGCCACCAUAAUCGGAAAGGCCAAAUUGUGAGCGACAUUAUCCAUCAUGUUGAGCCGGCAGAAGGGGUUGUACAGGAGAUCCUCACGAAAAUGAGAAAGCUGUAUGAACACCUGCUGAGAAAAUUACUAUCUCCACCUUCAGAAACAGCUGCAGGUGAAAAGGGGACACCAGCAGCUGGACCAGUCUCAGUGAUGGAGGAAAAUGAGGAAUAUGGACCAGAUUCUGUGAAGGAGGAAAAUGAGGAAUAUGGACCAGAUUUAGUGAAGGAGGAAAAUGAGGAAUAUGGACAAGUCUCAGUGAUGGAGGAAAAUGAGACUGAAUAUAUUCUUCAUAUAGAGCCUGUACCAACGUCUUCCCUUUCUCAGUCUCCCUCAACCUCUUCUGCGUCUCUGCUGCCUCCUGGCAUCCCUCCUGUCUCCUUAACUCCUUUAUUGUCCAGUCAAGCUCCUCCCCACACCCCUGUAUCUCCUCUACCUCCCUCAAAUUUCAGUGCACCUCUCUGCACCUCCAUCCAGCAGCCACCUUCUUCCCCCCCGGGGUCAGACGUCACAACCCUACCAAAGCCAAAAAAAUGGAAAAUUAAAGAAUCCAGUCAACACUGUACACGGAAACUUUUUCUGUAUGAAAGCGUUGAGGACAGGAGAGUCCUAAUGAAGCCUGCACAAAAUAAUGCACAGCUGUACGCCAGCCCACCACAGGUCACAGAGUUGGCGCUACAAGUUCCAAGUUCAACUUGUUCAAGUCCAACCAUCCUUCCAUUAUCUGUAACCGCUUCUCCUCAUCAGGGUCAUGGUGGGGCUGGAGCCUAUCCCAGCUGACUCUGGGCGAGAGGCGGGUACACUCUAGAGAAGUCGCUAGUUCAUGACAGGGCACAUAGAGACAAACAACCAUUCACACUCACAUUCACAUUCUCAUAUACAUCAUCACAACUACAAAAGUGAUAUUUUACUACAUGUUAAGUAAUCCCCAUCCAGCUGUAUGGGAUGAUUGUGGUAAGCAGUAAUGUGUGUGAGAACCUAAAGAAAGGAAGUUUACAACAGUAGUUCAUAUUUAUAUUUCUGCUUCUUUAAUAUGUCACCUGUCAUGUUUAUAUGCACUGACAAUUGUACAUUAGGAGUUUAUUUUAUACAUACAGUAUAUAUUCAUCAGUAGACUGGCAUCCAAAUGUUGACCAGACCUCAUCCUAACCCCUCUUCUCCUAAAUCACUGUUGAUGCUGAACUUUACCCAAAACAGUAAUUUAAAAAAAAUCACACUAAACAAAGAACUGAUUAACUUUUUAUUUUAUCUCUUUUUUAUUAUUAUUAAUUGUAGCUCAAUGUAUGACACACACUCAGUCCUCAUCAGAAGUGCUGAAAUCACUGUCAGCUGCAUCAUCUCUGAUUUCCUGGGAGUCUAUGUCCAGGAGUUGUUCAUGGAUCAGGAUUCUCCUGUAACAGUCUUUCACUUUUAGCAUUUGAGCUACAGUAAUAAUAGGUUUAGUGUGUUUUUUAGGCAUAGGCAAUGGAGUCUCUUUCGUGGAUCAUCUAACUUAAAAUUGUACUAGUAAAUGUACCUGAUUACUUUCCAUCACAGGCUGGGUAAACUGUGAUAAUGUCUAAAGCUUGUUGUUAUUUUCUAUUGUUUUGACCCUUUAUUAUCCUAAUUGUUUACAACUUACUGACAACCUGUGACUGUAAGAGCCAUUCUUCCUACCUUGGAGAUGAUGAAGGUGUAAUGUUGAAACUUUGCGUUUUUGCCUUCUGGUCAGUGAUCCUGACAAAAUAUUAAAGUUUUUUUUCGUG